UGAAAUGAAGAGAGAAAAGGAGCCAAGGGUAUGGUUUCCAUUUGACAACAGCAUUAACAAGAACAGAUGGAGUACCAUGAAAGCACCCUGCAACAAGAUAUGACGAAGCCACUGAUGCAGCAAGAUGAGAAGGGGAACAUCUCCUUUGAAGAGGAUGAUGAUCUCACGUCAAGAAACACCAGCCAGAAUGGGUCUCUGGGAGUUGUAUGGCUCAGCACAACAGUUGCAGCCUGGGGCUCUUUUCAGUUUGGAUGUUGUCUGAACUUGCAGGUGCACUACUCAUCUCCUACUCAGACAGCUAUCAGGAAGGAUCUCAAACUUUCACUAGCUGAGUACUCAGUAUUUGCUUCCAUAUUGGCAAUUGGGGCGAUGAUUGGGGGGCUUACAAGCGGGCAUAUCUCCAAUUUCAUUGGAAGGAAAGGGACAAUGAGAGUGGCUGCUAUUUUCUGCAUUAUAGGGUGGCUUGCCAUUGGUUUUGCUGAGGGUGUUCUGUUGCUUGACAUUGGAAGAAUGUGCACAGGAUAUGGAAUUGGAGUAUUUUCUUAUGUGGUACCAGUGUUCAUUGCUGAAAUAGCACCCAAGGAUCUUCGUGGAGGAUUCACAUCAUUGAAUGAGCUCAUGAUUCAAGUUGGGGGAUCCAUCACUGACCUGCUAGGGACGGUUCUAACAUGGAGAAUGCUCGCUUUAGUUGGCCUGAUUCCCUCCCUUAUGCUGAUCUUGGGAAUGUUUUUCGUCCCCGAGUCUCCAAGAUGGCUGGUGAUGGUUGGACAACAGAGAGAAUUCGAAGCUUCAUUGCAGAGGCUGCGUGGAAAGGACGCUGAUAUUUCCUUCGAGGCUUCUGAAAUCCAAGAAUAUACAGAAAAGCUUCAACAGAUGCCUAAAAUUAGGCUCCUUGAUUUGUUCCAAAAAAGAUACCUGCACUCAGUCAUAAUAGCAGUCGGAUUGAUGUUGUUCAAACAAUUUGGGGGAAUCAGUGCGAUCGGCUCUUAUGCAAGUGCGACUCUUGAAUUAGCAGGAUUUUCUUCAGGAAAAUUUGGGACAAUAGUCAUUGGUUUGUGUCAGAUUCCAGUGACUAUCAUAGCUGUGGCACUAAUGGAUAGAUGUGGAAGAAGACCUCUUCUAUUGAUAUCUUCAGUGGGGACAUUCUUGGGCACCUUUCUGAUUGGAGUUGCAUUCUAUUUGAAGGAUCAUGAGCUAGUACUAAAGUUGAUCCCCAUGAUGGUCCUAGCUGGCGUACUGAUCUACUUUUGGUCUUUUGCAUCGGGGAUAGGAUCUGCUUCCUGGGUUAUUAUGUCCGAGAUAUUCCCCUUAAACAUAAAGGGAGCAGCUGGAAGCUUAGCCAUAUGGGCAAACUGGUUUGGUUCUUGGACUGUUGCCUACACUUUCAACUAUCUCAUAAGCUGGAGUAGGUCGGGUACCUUCUUCCUGUAUUCUGCUGUCUCUGCUGCAGCAAUUUUGUUUGUGGCAAAGCUAGUACCAGAAACUAGAAGACGGACCCUGGAAGAAAUUCAAGCUCACAUGCUCUUCUCCAACUCCCACUCCUAAAGCCUCCAUAGAUAUAACCUUCAAUUGCUGUUCUUUAAAACUAUUUCAAAGCUCCGGUGUGUAAAGGGCUCAACUUCAAAGUAGACACAUGAUAUUAACAUA